GAUAUAAUGUAUUUUUUCUAAAUUAGUACAUUAUGUUAACAUAAUCAAGAGUGGGAUAAAAAUAUACAAAUAUUUUUAUACAGCUCAAUCUCAUGUGGGUAAAGCCACAGGAAGUGUUGCUGGCUAAUGCAUUUUGGGAAACUGAACGAGCAAAUCCAUACUUUUUAUUACAAAAACGGCGUGGUCAUGGUGGAGGUGGUGGGUUUGCAUCAUUACUGCUUGGAACCUUAGAUAAUGUUUUUGAUAAUAAGCCGCUUCCAUUUCGGCUUCUCCUUCAAACUUCUGAAUCUGACAUAUGUUAUUUGAUAGCAACUUCCUCAUCACGCAAAGAAGCUGAGGAACACUGGGCCUGGCUUCAAAAAUAUUUGAUUAAUACAUUAGAAACCUUUGAUCAAUUAGAAGAUGCUAAAGAGUUUGUUAAAGCAAAGAUUGAAAGCUUAGUAGCGACACAUUUAUUACACAAUGCAUCAUAUGUUGGUGAUACAGAUUCUGAAAAGUUUCAAUCAGCAGUGGCACGAUUUAGGCGCUUGUUUGGUAUGCCUAAUGAGGAAAAGUUAGUAAAUUAUUAUUCGUGUAGCUAUUGGAAAGGAAAAGUACCUCGACAAGGAUGGCUUUAUCUCUCCAUCAACCAUCUAUGUUUUUAUUCAUUUUUACUUGGAAAAGAGGCUCGUGUUGUCAUACCUUGGAUUGAUAUAAUUAGUUUAGAGAGAACAAGUGGAUUGGUUCUUCUAGAUGGAAUUAAAGUUGUAACAAGAAAUGUUACUCAUUAUUUUUCCAUGUUACUGCAUGCAUCAGAUACUUUUGAGUUAAUGGAACAAUUGGCAAAUAUCGGAAUGAAAAGACUUCUUUCAGAGGAUUCAAUAGAAGAAAGGAAAAAUGAAAGCUUAAAGUCCAAUACAAUAAUAAAAAAAUCUUCUUCUUUUCUAAAAAGUGACUUGGAUGCUAGAGCAGCAAGCGAACAUUAUCGGCGAAUAUUUCAUUUACCAAAAGAUGAAAAACUUGAUGUAAGUCUUCAGUGUACUUUAUGGAGUCCUUUUAACAAAGCUCACAUGUGGGGGACAUUGUAUAUUUCACCAAACUAUAUUUGUUAUGAAAGUAAGAUAAAGCAACUGUGUUUAACAAUUUUGCCAAUGCGUGAGAUUUCUGUUGUUGAAAAGAUGAGUGCAACGAGUAUUGUACCUAAUGCUGUUCUUAUCACAACUAAAAUGAAGACAACGUUUUUAUUUGCCUCCUUGAAAGAUCGAGACUGUUUAAUGGAGAAGAUUUCUGAUUUUCUCUCAAAGACUCCGCCAAUUAAAUACAAUACACUGGCCAUGUUGGAUAUGCCAAUGCAAAGUUCUUCUUUUCAACCAGCACUUAAAAAAUUAUUUUCUUUGACUAACAAAGAUGGAAAUCCAGUUAAAGAAUCUGUUAAGGAACAUUUGUGGUCUUUGCACUUUGAAGAGUAUGGCAGAGGUGUUUGUAUGUACCGUACUCCAAAAACACAUGAGCUUAUAUUGAAAGGUGUUCCGGAUAGUUUACGUGGUGAAAUUUGGAUGUUGUUUUCUGGAACAGUUAAUGAGCUGGUCUCAAAUCCAGGUUACUAUGCCAAAAUGGUCAAUGAAAGUCGUGGUAAAAUGGUUAUGACGAGUGAAGAAAUUGAAAGAGAUUUACACAGAUCACUACCAGGACAUCCUGCUUUUCAAACUGACGUUGGAAUUGAUGCACUGAGAAGGGUUUUAACUGCUUAUGCUUGGCGCAACCCUAAUAUAGGUUAUUGUCAAGCUAUGAACAUUGUUGCGUCUGUUUUAUUAUUAUAUUGCACGGAAGAGGAGUCAUUCUGGCUAUUAACGUGCGUCUGUGAAAACAUGCUACCUGAUUAUUACAAUACAAAAGUUGUUGGUGCGCUUGUCGAUCAAGCUGUGUUUGAAGUUUUGACUGCUGAAUAUAUUCCAUUAUUGCAUGCUCAUUUAAAAAAGCUUGGUAUACUGAGUAUGAUUUCGUUGUCAUGGUUUCUCACCAUCUUCAUAAACGUUGUACCUUUGUCAUGUGCAGUAAACAUACUAGAUUGCUUCUUUUAUGAUGGCGUAAAGGUGUUGUUUCAGCUGGCGUUUACUAUCCUUGAAGCGAAUAAAGAACGUUUAUUACAAUGUGUUGACGAUGGAGAGUCAAUGACUGUUUUAGGACAUUAUUUUGAUCGGAUUACUAGUAGAGAUGCUUCUCAUGUACUUGAGAGAUCUAACCGCAGGCAGAAUUUGCCAUUUAAUACAGGAACUCCAGUGGAUAUUAACGAUUUAAUAGUGCAAUCUUAUCAAAAAUUUGGGUUUAUGACAUCUGAAAAUAUCGACAAGCAAAGAAACCAACAAAGGUUGCGCGUUAUGCAGCAUUUAGAAGACAGCGUAAAACGAAACGUGUUGCGACAUUUAGCUGCUGAUAGUGCAUUUCCAGCAGAUGAGCUGGAAAACUUAUUUACAAUAUUCAAGACAUCACAUAUGAAAAGUCGCUACUGGGGUAAUAAGAAGACUGAUAGGGUAUUACCUGCUGAAUACAGUGGCUGGAAAGAUCCACACGAAGAAAUUUGGAUCGAUUGUGAACGUUUUCAAGAAUUGUUUGCCUCUCUCUGUCCGUGGGGUGGAGGAGAGUUAAGUGACACGCUUGCACGGAGAUGCUUUAUAGUGGUAAACACGAGUGGUAGUGGAAUGAUAAACUUCAAAGAGUUCACAAAUGUGUUUGAAAUUAUUUGUCGCGGAGAUAUGAACAAAAAAAUGCGUUUGCUUUAUAAAAUGCAUUUGCCUCCAGCCCUCACACUGGAAGAAGUUGCAGAGCUUUCUAAGACAGACAAUAAUUCGUAUGAUGUUGUAGAAAGUGCGGCAGAAGCAGUUGAAGAUGAUGCCGAGUUGAGCAUUUUUGGUGAUGGCAAUAUCUUGGUCAUUAAAAAAUCACCUUUUUAUCGUCAACAAGGCAUAGAUGAAGAUAUGGAGACAGAUUCAUUAAUGGAGUCUAAAGGACAUAAUCUUAAUUUAUCGUCCAAAUCUCUAACUGACAGAGAUCGCACAAACACAAAAACAAGUCAGCCCUUAGAGGUUGAGAUUACGGCAAAUUCUCUACAAACGAUUUUAGACAGACAAAGUCCUUUAAACUUUCUUUCAGAACAUUUUGACGGAAAGAACGACAGAGCAAAACGAACCAAAGCAGAAGAUUCUAACUCUUAUGUUGUAGUUAACAAACCAAACAGUGACACCUUGGAUUAUGUUGAUUUCUGUGUUGAUAAUGAUGUUGCUGAUUCAUUUACUAGCAUUACAAAUGAUGAUCAAUUUGACUUCGAUGCUUCGAACAUAUUUGAUAUGACAAAAUCGGGACGUCUAAAAGUGAAGCAGUUUGUUGAAUUUAUGAUUGAAGAUAAGAAUGAAGACGAUGACGACUUACCAGAUAUGAAUCAAGAACAAUUUAUUGAAUUGUGGAAAAGUUUUUUUUCACUGUUUCGAGAAGAUCCAUUAAAAGAACAAGUUCUUUACCAGGCUAUUGCUCAGUGCGGAACACUAUUAUUACAAAUCGGAGACCUUGCAAAAGAAUAUGAAUUGUCCAACGACUCUAAAGAAGUUCACACCGAUCAUUUUACUGGUAAUAACGAUAAUAAAAUAAGUUCGCCCAUUCCAGAAAACAAUAUGCUUGAAAGAUCCUGUAAUAAAGAUAUAAUGGAAACACUGCUAGAUCAAAAUGAUUUAAAAGAUUUAAAAACUCAAAUUUCGGAUACAAAAUUAACUGAUGAAUUUACAGAUUACACUAUUGUAAAUCAAAAUAAUUUGUUUCUGGAGAAUGAACCUUUAUUAUCUUCAUUGAAAUCCGAACAAUCAAUUGGAUCCAAUUUAGAAAUAAAACAUAACAUAACACAAGAAUCCGAUGGCAUUCCUGAUACAAUCUUUGGCGACGUAAGUAAGAGUGAGUCUGAAGUUCGCUUGUCAGCUCUCGGUGCUCUGGACAGAGAGUGGCGUAUAAAAUUUCGUCAAUUUUUAGCUUGUAUGGUAUUGGAAACUACGCUGGCAGAACAUUUUGAAAAACAUUUCGAUCUUGCUAGCGCAAUUGAAAAGUUCAAUCAAAAUGGCGGCUUUUCUUGUUCUCAAUCGUCUUAACUAUUACUUAAUGAGUUGAAACUUUUUUUAUGUUAAUUUAUAGUCAUUUAUAUAGCUUUUUUAAAAUUCUAUUUCUUCUAAUAAGUUUGUAUCAAAUAUUUUC